GUCAGUAAUUUGCCUGGUAGGACUUUUGCAUUGAUGAUUCAGGGAUUUUUGCUCUAUGCCCUGGAUCAAGACCUUUGGCAGCGAUGCCAGCGCGUUAAAUCCCCGCUCAUUGAAAAAACAGCUAAAGUGGGAUCGGCUAACCCUUUGAUUGAGGUUUAUAUAGCGGGGCUCUGGUGCUGCUUUGUGAGACCACCAUUUUCUGUAGGUGACUGGCUCCAGCACUCUUUCCAGGAUGAGUAAGAUCACAUUUUACGAGGACAGGAACUACCAGGGUCGCUCCUAUGAGUGCGACAUCGACUGCCCUGACAUGCAUCCCCACUUCAGCCGCUGCAACUCCAUCAAGGUGGAGAGCGGCUGCUGGGUGCUGUAUGAGAAGCCCAACUACACCGGCUACCAGUACGUCCUGACCAGAGGAGAGUACCCAGACUACCAGCGCUGGAUGGGCUACAACGACACCAUCCGCUCCUGUCGUACUUUCUCCUAUACCAGCGAGGGCCCUUACCGCAUGCGCAUCUACGAGCGUCCCAACCUCCAGGGUCAGAUGAUGGAGUUCAGCGAUGACUGCGAGUCGGUGCAGGAUCAUUUCCGCAGCCGUGACAUCUACUCUUGCAACGUCAUGGAUGGCUACUGGACCCUCUAUGAGCACCCCAACUACCGCGGCCGGCAGUACUUCAUGAGGCCCGGAGAGUACCGCAAGUUCAGUGACUGGGGGGCCACCUGCGCCACCACCGGGUCCUUCCGCAGAAUCACAGAUUUUUAAUCAGGAAUCUCAUUUGAUGCUAUUUAAUUUACAUUAGUUUCACCAAAGCACCCAUUUCCUUCCUCUAAAAGACAUCUAUUUGGGGUAAUGUUAAUAAAAUAUGUGGUACAAUAAGGAGUGGGAUGUUUCAUUCAGCUAUGAUAAAGAGAUUGACCUGGCAAAAUCAAUAUGAUAUUGUUUUAAAUAACGUAAUAAAUGAAUCUAUUGUAAACAA